GUUGGUAAGCUUAAAAGCUAGUCCCCCGAGCUUACAAAAAAAAAAAACACUUGGCAGAAUUUCAGAUAAUAAACAAAAUCGAAAACAGUAAAGUUUUUAAACAAAAACCAUGGAAUACGAGAGCGUGCUGAUUGUCAAACCGGAGGUUUUUAUAUAUAAAAUACCACCGCGGGCGAGCAAUCGAGGCUAUAGGGCCGCCGACUGGAACCUAAAGGAACCCACCUGGACAGGGAGGAUGCGACUUGUGGCGAAGGGCACUGCCUGCAUCUUGAAGCUGGAGGAUAAGACCAGCGGCGCCCUAUUCGCCAAUUGCCCCAUCGAUACAUAUCCCGGCGUGGCCAUCGAAGCAGUCUCCGACAGUUCCCGUUAUUUCGUCAUACGCGUCCAGGACGACAAUGGAAGGUCUGCCUUUUUGGGCCUGGGCUUUGGCGAUCGUUCGGACUCCUUUGAUCUGAAUGUGGCGCUGCAGGAUCACUUUAAGUGGGUGAAGAACCAAGAGCAGAUCGAAAAGGAGAAGACCGAGCCCAAGCAGGAGCUGGAUCUGGGCUUCAAGGAGGGGGAAACUAUCAAGAUUAAUAUGAGGAUAACGAAAAAGGACGGCUCCGACGGUCCGUCCCGGACUGGCAAGAACAAGGGCAACAGCGGCGUACUGCCACCGCCGCCCGGUGGCCUGGGCAAGAUAGCGCCACCACCAGCCGCAGCGGCUUCUCCAGGGGCGACGGUUCGGACAAGCCCUGGCGUCUCGCCAGCCCACAGACCAUCCGGCGGCGGCUCCGAGUGGACCGACUAUGCAUCAGCCGGGGGCAAUCAAGGACAACAGAACUCGGCAAAUGCCAACUGGGUGCAGUUCUAAUCCUCCUGCUGCCUACUGCUGCUGCUGUUGCGACCGACCUCCUUUCUUCUGUCAUAGGAUCUUCUUCAGCGCUUUAUAUUAUCGCCUACUAUCAUUUUUUGGGGACAUUCAUUACUUGGAUUAUUUUUUUUUUUUCGUUUUGGCAAUGGGGACGACGACGACGACCAAGAAGGGAAAUUGAACCGAGGCAUUCAGCGCAAGAGAAAAACGUUAAAGUUAGCCUUUUUUAUAUAUAUUAAUUAAUGGAAAUUGUGUAUUAGUUUCCCCUCUCUGCCUCUCCUCUCUCACACUGGAGGGGGCCUCUCUACCCGUCUCUCUCUGAAUGGUGUAGAUAGAUAGGGAGGGGAUUUUGGUAGCAAAACUAUUUAGCCUGGUUGUUAAUUGUGUAAAGGAAUUGUUUGAAGGAAGCAUGAUAAUUCGUAAUAAUUGUAAUGGAAGUGAAUAUUCGGAAAGUGUAAUUUGUUGGACGCAAAAGCGAAUUAAGUUAAAACUUUAAACCAAUUUUAUAGGCACGCAACAUGAAACAUGCAAAAAAAACAAAAAAACUAAAGUGGAAAGUGAUUCAAAUUGUUGAGUACUUACACCAGUCACAGUCACAGUCACGUGUGCAUGCAAGGACAUUCCGCAGAUGAGCAAGCAACUAAACAAAAGAAAGUAUCGUAUCGUUAUAGGACGGCAUUACAUACCAUACCAAUUUUAGUUUAUUGUUACACUAUCUAUCGCCCCCACGCAACAGUCUUGACCACCUUGUUCCUUCCCGUUCCACAAUCCAGCCCCGACAACACGAGGGUCUUAUAUUAUAUUAUAUUUUUGUUUAAAAAACGGCACACACGCAUAGCAAUUAAGUAAAUCAAAUGAAUUAUAUAUAUAUAUAUAUACUAUAUAUAUACACAUACAGUAUGAUGAAAGAUAUCCAUAUGUAUUUAAAUAAACCACGCAAUGUAUUUAGUACAUUACACAAAAGAAACCAACAAAAAACGAAUGAGUAUACAAACAUAUGUACAUGCAAUUACGAUCGAUAAAUAGUGAACGAGAUCUUGCUAAAUAUAAAUUCAAUAGUUAAACUGUU